GUCGUUUCCUUGACACUUAAAGCAAGAGGCAGUUCAUUUGUGCAACGACAAGAUGGGGUGUUUUGCAUUUCUUAAAAGAAAGAAAAAUAACAUAAAGGAAAAAGAUGAAAGCACGAAAAAAAGAAAUAAAACCAGAGGCUGGUUUCGAAGGCGUAGUAAUAAAGUCGCGCCGUACGAACCUCCCGCCGCUCCCGAAGUCAACAUCAGACUGACCAAAGAUGGCUGCGCGUUUGAGCUCCUCGAGGAGGAAAUGCGUUUGAGGUUGGCAUCAAUUGAGGCCCGGAAGAGGGCAGAGAGGCGCGCCCGGAAUACGGCCACAAAGCGCGCAGUACGGGAAGUGGUUCCUCCAGAGCAGCGGAGGAAAAACCUGAAGAAACUGCACGAAAGAUGCCUCUCCGCACGCAGCCGGGCCGUAUCAAGGGGAACACAGAGCCCAACCCACGUCCAAAGCCUGAACAUUGUGAACUAGAUGACGGAUCCGUGCCGACCAACACCGCUGUCUUUAUUAUUAUACCAAUUACUCGGUCACCUUCGUUUUAAAGCAAAAAAAAACAACACAUUACCUUUUAAAACAUGAUUAAAAAAAAAUUUUUUUAAUUCUAUUCAGUUUGUACAUUCAAUAAAAUAGGUAACAUAUUCCAAUGCAUCCAAACGCUGUUAGGUCGGUGGGGAGCCUAUUCCAUACGGUCGCCGUUCGGACUGGAUUGAGGUCAGUCCAGCUGGCAA